CUAGGGUGUCAGUAUGUUAAAAAAUAAACAAAACAUAAAAAAUAAAUAUAAAAACGUAAAAUUUUGGCCAAGAUUUAUGAAGAAAGAUUAUUUAUUUGCAAAAUUUUAUAAGAAAAACACUUUUUUCAAAAUUUUUGGACUUUUUCAUUUAUAUAGCAAAAAAAAAAAAAAAAAAUCCCAGCGGUGAAUAAAUACCACCAAAAUAAAGCUUUAUCUGUCUCAAAAAAAUGGUAAAAAAUUCAUCUGGGUACAGUGUUGCAUGACCACGCAAUAUUCAUUCAAAGUGUGACAGCGCUGAAAGCUGCAAAUUGGCCUGGGCAGGAAGGGGGUGAAAGUGUCCGGGACUGGAAGGG